CCUGGCUCAGACAAGAGUGCUCUGUCUGCCCAGUAGAGAGAGCUGUCGAUAGCUAUUUCCUUUCAUUUCAUAUUACUGGGGCGACUAGAGAUAAAACCAUCCGUCUGAGCACAGUCGUGCCAGCUUGCGUGAACCGAACCCAUAUACCUGGCCUGGCCAUGGACGAACAGGCAGGGCCCGGCGUGUUCUUUAACAACAACAACAACAACUCGGGUUUGCCUGGCGCUAGCAAAGGACCUCAGCAGCCGGGCGAAGUCGGUGGCGGAGAGGCGGCCAGGGCUCAGUACAACAUUCCGGGGAUAUUGCACUUUCUGCAACACGAAUGGGCCCGCUUCGAGGUGGAGAGAGCCCAGUGGGAGGUGGAGCGAGCCGAAUUACAGGCCCAGAUAGCAUUCCUGCAGGGCGAGAGGAAGGGCCAAGAGAACCUGAAGAAGGACCUUGUCAGGAGGAUAAAGAUGCUGGAGUACGCCCUCAAACAGGAGAGGGCAAAAUACCACAAGCUCAAAUACGGAACAGAGUUGAACCAAGGAGACAUGAAACCUCCCAGCUACGAUGAUUCUGAUGAAGGAAAUGAGAAUGAGGCCCCGAGCCCCCCCCACAGUAGUCAGCAGUGCUGGAAGCAGGGACGGCAGCUACUGAGGCAGUACCUUCAGGAGGUGGGCUACACGGACACCAUCUUGGAUGUGAAGUCCCAAAGGGUCAGGGCGCUGCUGGGCCUGGCUGGAGACUCUGGAGAAAGGCCGUCGGACAAGAGAACAGAACCCAUGGUCAACGGCACCGAGCCAUCCCUGCUAAAGGACGCCGGCAUGAUCAGUAAACCUGACAUGUCUGACUCGGCCACAGUCCUGGAGGCCUUUAAGUUCAUUGAAAGUGCCGCUGCCGAGUUCAGCGACGAGGAGGAGGACGACGACAGCGAAGGGAGGGACAAGACCAUUAUGAACUUGGCCACUAUGGUGAGGAAGAAGACGUCAUCCUCUUCCUCGGACAUGAGUGAUGACCCGGACACCGAGGAGGCUCUGAAAGGGUUCGACUUCCUAGCCAGCCCAGACGAGAUAGACUGCUCGACCGAUACCCGGAGCUCAGAGGACACCGGGGACUGGGAGAAGGAAGAGCAGUGCCCCAUGCCCGAGGCCUGGGACGUGGACCAGGGCCUGAUAGCCCAACUCAAGGAGCAGUACAGGAAGGAGCGCAAGGGUAAAAAGGGGGUGAAGAGGCCUAACCGGUCCAAACUGCAGGACAUGCUGGCCAACCUGCGAGACGCGGAGGAUAUGCCCUCCAUGCAGCCCCCCGUGACGCCUCCGUCUCGGCCCAUCAUGCCCCGGCUCAAUGAACACGAAGCGGGCCGCCCCGAGGAAGCGGUGACCAUGACGUUUCCGCCCACGUCCGGGAAGUCGUUCAUCAUGCGGCCCGACGAGGUGGGGGAGAGCGAACUGGGCCUCGGCGAGCUGGCGGGCCUCACCGUGGCCAACGAGGCAGACAACCUGGCCUACGACGUUACAAACAGCCAGGAUGCGCUACGGAAAACCUGGAACCCCAAGUUCACGCUGCGGAGCCACUUUGAUUCCAUCCGGGGCCUGGCCUUCCAUCCUGUGGAGCCUGUCCUGAUCACCGCCUCCGAGGACCACACCCUCAAACUGUGGAAUCUCCAGAAGACUGCGCCUGCCAAGAAGUGUGCUGCCCUGGAUGUGGAACCCAUUUACACUUUCAGGGCCCAUCGAGGCGCGGUGUUGUGUGUGACCAUGAGCUCCACAGGGGAGCAGUGCUUCAGUGGAGGGGUGGACGGCACCAUCCAGAGCUGGAACACCCCCAACCCCAACAUCGACCCUUACGACUCAUAUGAGCCCUCUGUGCUCCGGGGGGCGCUGCUCGGACACACAGACUCUGUGUGGGGUGUUGUCUACAGCGCGUCCCACCAGCGACUGCUCUCCUGCUCUGGUGACGGCACCGUGCGCCUGUGGAACGCUGCCGACACCUCACCCGCCCUGGCUGUCUUCAACGAGAGGGGAGAGCUGGGCAUCCCCACAUCAGUGGACCUGGUGUGCAGCGAGCCGGCCCACAUGGUGUCGUCCUUCAGCACCGGGGAGAUCGGACUCUUCAACAUGGAAACGCGACAGCUGGUCCUUAAGCUGGACAAGACCGGCGAACCUGAAGCCCUGUGCAAGAUCAACAAGGUGCUGAGUCACCCCACUCUGCCCAUCACCAUCACAGCCCAGGAAGAUCGACACAUCCAGUUCUUUGACAACAACACAGGGAAAUGUAUUCACUCAAUGGUAGCCCAUCUGGAUGCAGUCACAAGUUUAGCUGUGGAUCCCAAUGGCUUAUACCUGAUGUCUGGAAGCCACGACUGCUCCAUACGCCUGUGGAACAUGGAGAGCAAGACAUGCAUACAAGAGUUCACGGCGCACCGCAAGAAGUCGGACGAGGCCAUCCACGACGUGGCGUUCCACCCCACCAAGUGCUACAUCGGCAGCGCUGGGGCCGACGCACUCGCCAAGGUUUUCGUAUGACCUCAAACCCCAUUGGCCUACAGCUGAAUCCGGGCUCGAAGGACCAUAAAAAACGUGGAAGAGGAUAAUGUGUGCUAUAACUAAAGGGAGAGGUUGUAGUUGGAGCCCAAAUCAAAGUUCUAACAGAAGGAACAUAAUGAGUUGGAUGGGUUCUUAUUCACUGGUGUCUGGGACUUCAGUGGCAGUUGAGAGGAGUUUUUAGACACCUGAUGAUUAGAAUGAUAGCAAGGUGAACAUGAGGGAAGGAGAAAGUGUUAUCUUUCCACUGUAUCCUUUCUCUUCUACACACACACACACACACACACAGCUAACCCGGGCAGGCCUGGGUUCAACAGCCAAACCAGAAGGAAAGAAGUGCUUAAACAUGGUAAAAAGGCCAGGUGGAUUUUCAGGAAAUACUUAGGACCUGUACUCUGAUUUAGGAACAUUGUGUUUGUGUCUGAGGAGAUACACAAGACUCACAUUCGCCUCCCCCCACUUACCCCUGCCACCCCCAAGACUGCCUGUGUCUUCAUUGCUGUCAUUUUCAAAGAAAUGUGCCUUUUUUGUCAGUCGUUUGCAAACGUUAUUUUAUGAUUUGUGCGCAACAUAGGAGUGGGUGGGGCGUUCUACAAAAGUUAUAAUUACCUUUUUUUUUUUUAUAUAUAUAUAUACCUUAAAGAGCCACUCCGGUCACGUGAUAGUCUAACUGAUAUCUUCUUCCAGCAGAAAAGUCACACUGUGUAAACCAUUAACUGAUUGAGAGGCCAACAUAAGGGACAACUGAUUCAAUCCUAUUGAAACAGACAUACCAGUGCAUCCCCCUUCUCAACCCGCUCAAACCGUAAUUUAUUUUGAUUCGGAUCGUGGUGGGUGGAGAUUAGCUGAGGCUAUCAAGAAAAGUGUGUUUUUGGAGGAGUUUGGCAAUUUCAGUGGUGUAUUCAGGUGACCGAAGUACACCUCUAAAUUUGCACGGAGUAUGUAUGGCUAGCGUUGGAAAGUCACAGUACUGUUUCAUGACCGAAGUAUUGAUUUAGGAGAGUUAGAAGCUGCUAUCCCCACCGAAAUAUACAGUGUCCUGCAGAACUGGAGUCAGAAAAGAAAUUAAAAUAACCUAAACAUUUGUUUGUCGAAGCAGAGGCCAUAAGACUGCAUUCAUAAUAGAAUUUUGAUAUUCCUCUGUGGUUUUGUAUGUAAACAAAUUAGAAUUCAGUACGUUAUUCCAUCUCUGUAAAUCAAAUGUAAAUGGAUUCCUUCUUCCUACAUAUUAGCCCAUAUGCAUCUGACACCUGAGUAAGCCAUCCUUGUUGCUUGCUUUGACUUACUAUUACAGUUUUCCCAUCCAAAUUGCCUGUACACGGCCAACAGUAACAACGACUUACCCAGGCCAUAUCCAUUCGUAUACCUUGUUUCCAAUUAAAUUGUAAAUGCUUUUAUGCUGUAGCUUAAGUUCUCCUAGGUGCAACAAGUGUCUCUGUUGUGUUUGAAUGUCAUAUUCUUUACAUAAGUAGGACAUAAAUAGGGCAGCAUUGUAAUAUAAUAUACCCUCAAAAGCAAAAAAAAUUUUUAACAAGGUCUGUUGUACUGUGAUCCUUGGCUAGCAGUAGAUCACUUCCACAAACUUAAACAAUUUAACACCAUUGAUUAUUGUUGUUGUGGUGUGACCUAAUAUGAAAACAUGCUGCUUUAUGGUGUUUUUAUAGUUGAACAACCAGACAAACUGCACCAAAACUGGUCUGCGGUGAUAAGUGGAAAUUAACUUUUUAUAUUGAACUGUGUAGUUAUUUAUUCCUCCACAAGUCAUUUAAGCCAAAAUGAUCAACUGAGUGUUGUGUUAAAGCGACAAGAUGCUUUCCAUAAAUCCUGAAGAUGUAAAGUUUCCUGCGACCGCUAAGAUAGCCCUUUUAGCUAAUUAUGCUAAGUUAGCUAAUACUAAGUUGCUAUUGCUUAGUUAAAGCUCAUGCCAAGUUGGCCCCUUAGCAACGACUGCUAAGGUAGCUUCUUUAUAGCCAGCCUGCUUGCCCAUGUGCUGAGUUAGCCCCUUAAAUCCUGUAUUUGACAGCAGAACUGAUGUCUCUCAGUACUCAACUGUACACAAAGCUCCUUUUCCGUACCUACUGUAGGUGACAUGACCAGCUCUGGUCAAAAGGCAGGUUAAAUAUAUGCUUUAUGUAAUAACUGGUUGAAAAUAGUAUUUUGUGUAAUUAUUUACUAGUUUUUUAUUUACUUACUAUAAAUGGUUGGUGAAAGGUAAAUCUUUGUUAAAUACAGCUAGAUAUUUUUUUAAAGAAUAUUUUCUCUUUUACUUGAACAUAUAGGAGUUAUUCCUUUGGGGAAAUUGUGUACUUUUUUCUUUUGUAGUGGAGUGGUUGGAGAUUUGCCGGUCUUAUCAAAAAUGUUAUGCCUUUGAUUGUGAGCACUACAAAAUUAUUAUCGUCUGCAGUUCAACAGAGAGAAAUUAGGAUUUUACUAUCUACCAAAUGCCUCCAUCUUUUAAAGGACUGUUGAAAUACAGGGAUGGAUCGAAAUCUGUGGAGACUUCGGCGUGCUACUGUUGUACAAAUAUAUUUUUUCAUUUUUAUUUACUUUGGUGUCAGGUCAUUUUAGAACAUUUAAGGGACAUAACAAGAAUUUGUACAGUUUUAAAGUAUAAAAAAAUCUAUCUAUUUAUUAAUGCAGUGUAUAUUAGGUGGCGAAACAUGGUGACGUGAAAUGGAGUCAGUAUUGUCGUGGUAACUGUACAGUAGUCUCGUCACAACACUGGGCGGUUAAGCAAAAGUAAAGUAUAGGGCCCCCCACUGCUCACAAUUUAGAAGAAUCACAUUUCGGAAGAUUGGCUGGCAUUUCAUGUCAUUUUACAGGCUGUAUGUCUGUUUUUAAAUACCAUAUUAUGAGUGUUGACCACUGAGAUUAGACUGGUGUGUUUUUGUCAGAGGGAAGCACUUUUUAAUGCAUUUUUUUGAUUGAGCUGUUUUUGUAAAACUAAUCCCAUUGUUUGCUCUGUAUCCAAGACGGCAAACAGUCUUCAAUUGGAAUAAUAACCAAACAUUUGAAGUGGUCGCCAUAAAUGUUUGUCUUGAAAGAAAAAUCAAAUAGUGUAAUCGUACUAUGAUAAGCGGUUGGAACAUAAAAACUCUGCUAGUUUGAUUAGUCUCUGUAUGUGUCUGAAAUACUUGUCUAUUCUGAGCAGCUGGGGGAAAUACAUACAAGCACUACAAAGUGUAUGAAAGAAAUAUCAUGAAACAAAGAACCUAUUAAAUAAUGGGAUAAAGAACAGGUCCUGGGCAAAAUUUGCCUGGUGUCAAUUAAAAUCAUUGCCCUUUUACCCUCCAGUUGUAUAGAGAAUUUGUUAAAGAUUAUAUUAAUUUGAUAAAUAUGCUAAUUGGACUGUACAGUAAAUAUUAUUGUCAUUAUAGUUUAUUCAUUUUUCAUGAUGUAUUCUCUUAUUUCUCAUGUGGGAGAAUUGACAGGUUGAUCAAUAACAAUAAAGGAAUAUGUUGUAUAUUA